AUGCCGUCUCCCAGAGGAACCAUCGCACUAGUAUUUGCUGCCAUCGUCAUGUUGGCACUCCAGUCUCGUAACUUGUGGAUCUAUCGUCUCAUGGACAUCGAGGAAGGGCCCAUUGAGUCUCAUCAACGUUCGCCAGAAUGGAUGAACUUACGAAGAGAAGGUCGUUUCCUAGGAGGACAGGAACAGCUUGACAGUCUUCAGUACAAGUUGCUAGAGUCCAAUGAAGAGAUGAAGCCACUUGAGCAAAAAGUUGCCAAUUUGAGAUCUGUAUUGAAUCACCAACAGGAGCAAGAGGAGAAGAAGGAAAGCCAAACAGUGGGAGCAUCUCCUGGAGCUGCCAGACAUGAAGCGGGAAGCCGAGAUCAACAAAACACAACUGUGAUCACCAGCAUCGAGGUAGAGCAGACAAGUGAAUGGAUAAACAUGUCUCUAGCAGCACUCAAUGCCACCGUAGAGAAACCCUUUGUGGCUGAAACCCAUUACCACAAUGGCACUUUGCCCAUUCAGGCUCUCUUUACUGGUCCAGGCAGACCUGAAUUCCGAAAGAAUCGUGAUCGUAUUCGUGGAGAUGAAUCCAGGCUUGUAUUCCCCAACCAGAAGUCGCGUGAAGCUGUCUGUCAAUUGUCGGACAUCCAACACUUCCAUGUAUUCCCUCACAACUUUCAACAGCUCCUCCGCUGUUUCUCGUGGUGGCAGCUUGAUCAAAACAAGAACAAAGCACCAGUAUUGUACAUUCAACAGUACAAUCACAGCAAUGGCAGAACAGAGUCGAUUCAUGACAUGUACAAGGCCAUGCAUGAGGUCUUUGGAGUUCGCUUGGAUAUUGAAAAGAGAGCCAACACUGACUCUCCAGAGGUGCAUGUGGAUGCCCCCUGGCGAGCUAUGGAUGUACAGACCAAGACCUAUGCCAUGGUCUCCCCAGACCAUGCCAAGACUUUGGUAGAAGGCUUGCUCAACCACUACACACCCAACAAUGACAAGAGAGCCGGCUGUCCUGCUGAUGGCAAAAGCAAGAAGUCCAAACCAGUCAUGGCCUUCCUGGACAGAAAGGAUUCCAAAAGGUCUAUCUCCAACGGCCCUGAGGUCCUUGAUAAGCUGCGUCAGUCCGGUCAUGAUAUCCGAUACCAACCAUCCUUUCAUGGCAUGUCGCUGAUAGAACAGAUCAAGUUCAUGUCUGAGGCAGACAUUGUCAUGGGGCCACAUGGAACACAGUUCACCUCAAGCUUGUUCAUGCCUUGGUGUGGUUCCUUGUUGAAGUUCUUUCCGAGACAGUAUUAUGCGCCCAACUGGUAUGGUUCAAUGGUUGCUUUGUCGGGGAAGCAUCACUUCUUGACUUAUCAAGGAGGACAAGCACUGAAUGCCUAUAGGCGAAACACGAGGCAUUUCAAUGCCUCUGUUGAGGCGGUGGAGCAAGUCACGGCAGUCAUGGUGGAGCGGUGGCACUCUUGUCGUGCAGCAAGAAACAGCAACAACUGUAACAGCAACAAGUUUGGUAAUUGCACAAUUGUAGAAGAGAAAAGAGGGGGAAAGAUGAGUAUUCCACCUGAAGCAAUCGAUGGCACCGAGCAAAACCCCUAUGUUGCAGAAACUCGCUACAACGGCACCUUGCCUGCUUGGGAAAUGUUCCUUGGCCCUGAUGUUCCUCACAACUUCCAGCAGCUUGUUCGAUGUUUCUCAUGGUGGCAGAUGGACCAUAACAAGAACAAAACACCAGUACUGUACAUUCAACAGUAUGACCAUGGGACUGAUGACAUGGCCUCAGUUCAUGGUAUGUACAAGGCCAUGCAAGAUGCAUUUGGUGUGCGAUUGGACAUUGGAAAUCGAACCAAUGAAGACUCUCCUGAGGUUCAUGUGAUGGCACCUUGGGAAACUAUGGCAACCUAG